AUGAACCCAGAAGAAUCAAAUAUUUUAGUAGCUAUUCGUUGUAGACCUCUUAAUUAGAAGGAGAUUUCAAAUGAAGACUUAGAUAUUGUACGUGUAGAGGAUAAUUUGAUUGUAUUAAUGAUUUGGAUGACUAAUUUAGAUCAUUUUAGACCCAAUACAAAUGGAAUAUGAAGCAGAGAAUAAGAAAAUGUUAGAAGUUUAUCAUAGAAGCAAAGAACAGCGAUAUGCCUUUGAUAAAGUGUUUAGAGAGGAGAGUUCAGAUGAUGUAUUUGAUAUUAUUUGGUAUAGUUUAGAUCUUUGAAUAAACAUGCAAAUAGCUUAUUAAGCCUGUGAUGAAUGGUUAUAAUGCAACUGUAUUUGCAUAUGGUCCUACAGGUACAGGAAAGACUUAUACAAUGUUGGGAAACUAAGAAACAAUGGGAAUAAGUGUACUUACAAUAAGAGACAUGUUUGAAUUCAUAAAACGUGAUUUGGAUAAUGAUUACAUAGUGAUGAUAAGUUAUGUAGAGAUAUACAAUGAAGCCAUUCGCGAUCUACUAAUUUAAUAAUCUUAAUAUUUGGAGUUACGAGAUGAUCCAAUAAAGGGAGUGACAAUAGCAGGAGUUACUGAGUAUAAAGCAAUAAGUGUUCAGUAGGUUAUGAACUUAUUGUUGUAAGGAAAUAGGAGAAGGACAACUGAAGCCACGAAUGCAAAUCUUACUUCUUCUAGAUCUCAUGCAGUAUUUUAAAUAAAUGUGACUCAAAGAAGUAAAGUAAAAAAUACUGAGAUGGAGUCAAUGAAUGGGAAGUUGAGUUUAAUAGAUUUAGCAGGUAGUGAAAGAGGAACUGUAACAGAGAAUAGGGGACUUAGAUUAAGGGAAGGUGCAAAAAUAAAUAGGUCAUUAUUGGCACUAGCAAAUUGUAUAAAUGCAUUGGGGGAUAAGAGUAAGAAGGGAUUCUUUGUUCCUUAUAGAGAUAGUAAAUUGACAAGGUUAUUAAAGGAUUCUUUGGGUGGUAAUUGCAGAACAGUUAUGAUAGCAAAUAUAUCACCAGCUUCAUCUUAAUUUGAAGAAACAAUUAAUACUUUGAAAUAUGCUAAUAGAGCUAAAAAUAUAAAGACAAAAUAAUUACCUAAUAAGAAAUUAGUUGCUAUGCAUAUAGCAGAAUAUAAGAAUAUAAUUAGUGAUUUGAGAUCAGAAAUAGAAUCAUUAAAAUUAAGAUUAAAUGAGAAAUAAUUUGAUGAUAAUGAAGAUGAAUCUAUUACAAUAAAUAAUUAUAUUAAUAAAAAUGGUAAACCAGAAUCAGAAGAAUUGAAAUCAAUUUAAGAAGAAAUAUUUGAAAAUUUUUAAGAAAGAAUUUAAUUAAGAAGAGCAUUAAUGGAAAUAGAAGAAUAGAAUGCUAUGAAUUUUUUAGAAAUUAAAAAAAGAUAAAGUGAAAUUUUAUAAUGGAAGAAAUCUGGUGAAAAGAAUAUGCCAGAAGAUAUUAGAUAAGGUUUAAAGAGUAUUUAAACAUUAAAAACAAGUACUGAGAAAAAUAUGAUAAAAAAAGAAUUAAUGGGUUUAUAAUUAGUUGAAAAUAUUAAUAAUGCUAAAAAAAUUAGAGAAUCAAUUCCAAAAAGAAUUUAAAGUAAAGAAAAAAGAGAUUAUUUGGAAUUAGAAAUUAAAAAUCAUGUAUUAGAAUUAUAAAAUGUUGAAUUGGAAAUUAAUCUAUAAAUAUAAGAAAAAACUAUUAAUGAUUUAAAAAUGAUUGUAGAAAAUUAAAAGAAACUUAUUAAUGAUACUUAAGAUGAUGAAAAAUAUUUUGAAGAAACUGAUAUUGAAUAUAUUGAUGAUUUAUUAGAAGAUCCAGAAUUUCAAUAAGAAUAAGAUGAUGAUGAUUUAGAAGAUUUAGGUGAAUUAGAUUAAUUUAAGGAAUUUAUUAAAAAAGAAGAAUUAAAAUAAAAUUCACCUAAUCAAUUUAAAUAAAGAGAUAAAAGUGCACCAAGAAAACAAUUUAAUAAAUAAGAAUUAUCUAUUUAAGAAGAUUAUGAUGAAAUUAGUUAAUCCUAAUCAAAACCUAAAGUAAGAGAUCAAUCUCGUAAUAAAAGAGAUGGAGGUGGAUCUGCUAUUUAAAAUAAAGUACUACCUCCAAAAGAUAAAUAAUUAUAAUUUUAAUAAUAAAUCAAACCUAAUAAUAUUAAACCACCAAAAGAUAUAUCAGUUCUUAAUUUAUAAGGGGUACACAUUUUUAAUCUAAUUCUAGCGUAAUCUAUCAAUUGGUAAUUCAUAAUAAAGAGGAAAUUCUAAAGCCAAAAAAUGA